CUCAACCCAAGGCGUGCCUCCGCUCCGGUCACCCGUCGCUCCACGCAACCAUGUCGAGGAGGAAGACCAGGGAGCCCAAGGAGGAGAACGUCACCCUUGGACCCACUGUCCGUGAAGGAGAGUAUGUCUUUGGUGUCGCUCACAUCUUUGCAUCCUUCAAUGACACCUUCAUUCAUAUCACUGAUUUGUCUGGGAGGGAAACUCUGGUUCGGAUCACCGGUGGCAUGAAGGUGAAGGCUGACCGUGACGAGUCGUCACCUUACGCUGCUAUGCUUGCUGCUCAAGACGUCGCACAGCGCUGCAAGGAGCUUGGCAUUACUGCACUGCACAUUAAGCUUCGCGCCACCGGAGGCAACAAGACCAAGACCCCUGGACCUGGUGCCCAGUCUGCCCUCAGGGCGCUUGCUCGUUCCGGGAUGAAAAUCGGACGCAUUGAGGACGUUACCCCGGUCCCCACUGACAGCACUCGCAGAAAGGGCGGUAGGAGGGGAAGGAGGCUGUAGGCGUCUCGUCUGCGUGGCAUUUGCCGGCUCUUGGCCGGUGGCCAUUAUGAAGCUAGCCCUCUCUGGGUGGUGUUGCUGUUCUGUGUUUGUCAAGACGAGCUUUAAUUUUGCUCUAUGUGGAUGACCGUUUACCGUUACUCGAACCUAUAUGAUGUUCCAUGGAUAAUGUUUUUUGGCUGAGGAAUUGGCUCGUCAUAUUUAUGUAUGCAUUUUCACUCUCUCUAUAAAGUGUACUAGAGUAAUCUUCCCUAGCGAAAGGGCCUAUAGCCUAGUGGUUAAGGACUUUCGAAUAGCAUCUCCAAAUCUUGGGUUAGAUUUCUCUCGGGAACAAAUUUUUAGGCUUGUUAAAAAAAUCCUCUCGCUAUGUCUCAUCC